AAUUGAAAGACUUCUCUCCGGAGAUUUGACAACACUUGGAGUAACAGCUUUUGCUAUAGUAGCUUUUUCAGUUUUAAUUAAAAAACUUAUGGGUAGUAAACCAACCAAACCAAUCAGCACUACCAGUAAUACUACUGCUGCUGUAAAGAGUGAAGGUGUUCUCUCCACCGAAGAAUAUAGACCAUUCAAACUCAUCAAAAAGAUCACUCUUACCGAUGGUCCUGAAGUUAAAUGCCCAGUUCGUCUCUUUAGAUUUGAACUUCCAACUGGAAAGUGCUUGGGUUUACCAGUCGGUCAACACAUUUCCUUGAAGGCUUCAAUCAAUGGAGAAGAAAUCGCUAGAAGCUAUACACCAACAUCAUCUAAUGAUGAUAAGGGAUUCUUCGAUGUUGUUGCCAAAAUUUAUCCAAAAGGAUUAAUGACCCAACAUUUGGAAAAUAUGCAAGUUGGAGAAAGUAUUUUGGUUAGUGGUCCAAAGGGACGUUUUACAUAUGAAAAGAACAAGUAUAACAAAUUGGGUAUGAUUGCCGGUGGUACUGGUAUUACUCCAAUGUUACAAGUUAUUGAAGAAAUUCUCAAACAUGAAGAUGACAAGACUGAAGUUAGUUUAUUAUAUGGUAAUUUGACUGAACAAGAUAUCAUUUUGCGUGAUAGACUCGAGGAAUUGGCAUCUAAACACAAGAACUUUACUCUUUUCAAUGUUUUGAACGAACCACCAGCUGGUUGGACUCAAGGUGUUGGUUUUAUUACUCAAGAAUUGAUUGAAAAGUACUUGCCAGCAAAGGGUGAUAAGAUGAAUAUUUUAAUGUGUGGACCUCCACCAAUGUUGGCUGCAAUGAAGAAGGUUUUGGAAGAAAAAUUAGAAAUGAAACGUGGUGAUCAUUUCUUCUCUUUUUAAAAAAUAAAACUUGGCCAGAUGGUAAUAACGUUGUUU